ACCACGGCCGGCAGAUUGACUGGAUUUGGAGACCAUGUCUAAUAAGCGUCAGCACCAGCAACUUGACGGCGGCCGCGCCGUCAGAAGGCCGCGGCCUGCGCCAAAGAAGCACCUCUAUGUCGUGCUCGAUGAUUGGGACAAGGGCUUCAGCAUCCACAAGAUUGAUGCCGACACUUUGCAAGACACCUGCACCACCGACCUGCAGGCUGGGUUCCCUGACCACGCCGUCCUCCGGUUGCCGGCACCGGUGCAUGGUCUUCACAUGGGCUUUGCCGCCCUGGGCAGCAACAUCCUCAUCGCCACCAACACAUGUUGUCUACAGACUCCCGCCCUCGUCUACGACACCGAGACAGCAGGAAUCAGCGUUGGCCCUCGCCUGCCGCUUUCGCUGCUUGGUAACGACACCAUCACCAUAGCUGCUGGCGGUAUGCUGUAUGCACUGACACGUCACCAUAUCAACGAGCAGCACCAUUUUCGGGCCAUUUCCUGGGCACCAGUGGAGAACGACGAUGAUGAGCCCUGGGAUCCAAGGCCAGCCAUGAGGUGGUCCUGGAAAAGCGUGCCCUCGCCGCCGACAUUUGACAUGGAGGAUCAUGAGAUUACCUCCUACGCGCUUCACCCGGAUGGGCACGCUAUAUUUAUAUCGGCGCACGAGAGGCGCUAUCCGUAUCUUCCCAGUGGCACCUUCUCCUUCGAUACCAAGCAUUCUGAGUGGAGGUGUCAUGGGGAAUGGACGCUGCCAUUCCAAGGCCAAGGUUACUUCGACAACGAGCUUGAUGCAUGGGUUGGGCUUCGUAAAGAUGGCUACAUUUGCUCCUGUCAAGUCGCCUCCCGCAGCAACACAAGUACUGUGGAGCCGGAGUGGAAGAUGGUCAAGGAGAAGUUGUUCCUCAAGGUCCCGGAGAGGCAGCUGAAAUCGGCAAGGGCCACUCUAGCGUACAUGGGCAACAGGAACUUUUGCCUUGUGGAGUUUUUGCUAUGCGAGGGAGGCGAGUUUAAGUACGCCUUUGGUGACCGUGAUGGUUGUGUGCUCCAGAUGAGCAUGUUUGGCCUUAAGUAUGAUCGUAAGGGAGAACUGCAAAUCAUGCGCCACCGCACGGACUCCUUUGUAGUUUCAAAGCAUCUCCUGACAGUUUCUCCUGUAGUGUUCUGGAUGUAAACCUGUUUUAUGUUAACCGUGUCCCAGUAAUGUAAGCGAUAUUUGAGGCAUUUGAUGAGGUGAUUAUUUUACACUUCACAUAUAAAUUUUUCCAAGAUUCUCUCA